GAGUUAAAAUAUUGUAGUAAGGUACGAAUGUGAUAUUCCAUCAAAGUGCAUCUGUAGCUUUGAUCAAAAGAAUUGCAUUCAAAUCGUGCCUUUCACUAGGUCAUGAUAUCCUGAAGUGCUCAGUACCCAAUGAAGAAUAUUUAAUCUCCUAAUAAUAAUUUUAGGAAAAGACACAUGCACAGCAAGCUCCCACGAAGAGCAAUAGGCUCGUGACUGGGUAAUCAAUAUAUCGGUCAUGUUAUUCGAGAGGAAGAUGUUGAUCGAGUUCUCGGGGUCGACCCCGGUGAGAGGGAAGAGAAGAACUAUCUCCAUGUCUCCGGCAGUAACUGCACUCCCGACAGUGCUGCACCUUCUCAAUGCUGCAAGAGUCUCCAAUCCGGCCAAACAGGCACUGAACCAGUAGUCGAAUGAAACGACGUCUCCAUUUACUCUAAUAACACGCGCGUGGGGUAAUGCAAACAUUCAAGUAAUUUUGAAAUUCCGUUCAUUCUUUGUGCUAUAAAAGAAAAUGUGGGAAAAGUUUUUUCUCUCUCUGUAAAUGCUGGGAGUAUUACAUAUGCGGGGGGUGGGAAGAGACAUGCUGCCUGAGUUCAAACGUUUAGAGAAAUGCAAAUCCCAGGAAUGAAUUAAUUGUGAAGGCAAAACAGCAGAUGCUGGAAACUGCUUCUUUCAGUUUUUGUUUUCCACUGAAUAUUAUUUUUUUAUUUGAUGCUCUCUCUCAUGUACAGAAGCAGACUGAGCCGGAAAUGAUUAUGAAAGUCUCAGAACUGUCCACCAACUUCUUCCCAAGUGAUCCGUUAACUGGGCAGAGGCGGCCGGAGGAAAGUGCGGCAGAUCGAACCCCCACUCCAGCUGGUUAGAAAGUUUUGCUCUUUGCCAUUCCGGUUAUCUUCCCGACUGCGAGCGAGAGGAAGAGCGUCACCGGGCGGGGCUGUCCAGCGGCAGCUUGUGCACUUCGUGCGAUUCCGACAGAGAGACUGCAAAGGGGACUCGACCAGCGAUCUUACAAUCGGAUGCGCCUUCCAUCAUCUGGGACCGAUACACGCACAAAGCAUUUCAAAAGGCGUCGGAAGCUUCCCUAUCUCACACAUGGAUAGGAGCAAAGAUUCUACCACGCACCUCCACACUAGGGGCAAUUUACAGUGGGCAAUUAACCUACCAACUGCUUUGGGAUGUUGGAGGAAACCAGAGCACUCCGAGGAAACCCAAGUGGUCACAGGGCAAACGUGCAAACUCCACACAUACGGCGUCCAAGGUCGAGUUGCGAUCUCGAUACUCAACCCGGCACGGAUGGAAAGCGUACUCGAGAGCGGACCCAACUGGGUUUGAACCUGGGAACCUCCGUUGCAGAGUCUGGCGCUGAUGUCAUUGCGCCACCAGCCGGCCCGACACUGGAUCAGCUCCUCACAGAACUCGAGACCUUUUUAAAGUUACUGGACAAUGAAAACCUCAGCCUCACAGCCUUAGCAAAAAAAUGUGUCCUAUCCGAGCUCCUUCAUACCAUCGUCAGUUCUUCAGCUGGCGAAGAGGAGUAUAUUUACAUGAACAAGGUUCUACUAGAAGAAACAACAGCAACUGAGAAGAAAGCAUUGGAGAAAGGACCAGAUCGUGGUAAUGUACCCAAUGGAAUAGAUUUCGGAAAGAUCACACCUGCACCUCAGAAGAGUUUGCCUGAGCUCCCACCUGCAAAAGCUGUAGCAGAGAGAGAGCUGUUCCCUUUGGGCAGAGCUGAACCUGUUGAAGGACACUAUGAAGAGGCUGAACCAUAUGACACUGUUAAUAUUGAUGAGGCUGAAGCGGUUAGUAGCUCCUAUGAAUCCUAUGAUGAGGAAGAGAAUACCAAAGGGAAAUCAAUGACCCAUCAGUGGCCUUCUCCAGAAGCUUCCAUUGAGCUGAUGAAAGAUGCCCGGAUUUGUGCUUUCCUCUGGCGAAAGAAAUGGCUGGGACAGUGGGCCAAACAACUGUGCGUCAUCAAGGAAUGCAAGCUUCUGUGUUACAAAAGUUCAAAGGAUCAGAAUCCUCAGCUGGAUGUCAGCCUGAUUGGAUGCAACAUUGUAUAUAAAGAGAAGCAAGUCAAAAAGAAAGAACAUACUUUGAAGAUCACGCCAGUCAAUUCAGAUGUAAUUGUGCUGGGUCUUCAAAGCAAGGAUCAAGCAGAUCAGUGGUUAAAGGUGAUUCAAGAAAUCAGCAACAUUCAAGGUGAAACUUUUCCUGACGGAAAUCUUGUAUCCGUCGAGUGUUCCCGCAGUCAUGGCCAAAGGCUGGAUUCUUCUGAACGGUACUCAGGGGCUUCAGAGAGUGGGAACAGUACUGACGGUGGAUCUGUCCAUGAAGUUAAUGACAGCAAGGAUGUGAAAAAGAAAUCGAGCAUUGGGGAUCUCAAAAAUGCUGGUCUGAAGCUGAGUAGCUUUAUGAAUCUUGGGAAAAAGAAGCCCAUCUCAGUGGAGAUUCCCAUUAAUAAUAAGAAGAAUGUAGAAGCUUCAGGGUAUUUGAAUGUUUUUAUGAACAGCCAGUGGCGCACACGGUGGUGUCAAGUUAAAAAUGGACUUAUUUAUUUCUACCAAGACAAAAGCAAAAACAAAUCAGUUCAACAACCCCUGAACCUGGAAGGCUGUGAGGUUAUUCCUGACUCUAGUCCAGAGCAUUUAUAUUCUUUCCGCAUUCUACACGAUGGCGAGGAAAUAGCUUCUCUGGAGGCCAAGUCUUCAGAAGAGAUGGGUUACUGGCUGGGCCUUCUGCUGGCAGAAUCGGGAUCCAAGGCUGACCCGGAAGAGUUUGCUUAUGACUAUGUAGACGCCGACCGUGUGUCUUGUAUAGUACAUGCAGCCAAACAUUCUUUAUAUUUACUACAGCGGAGAUACUCAGAACCAAACACGUACAUAGAUGAUUUGCCUGCAGUACAGAACCAAUCAGAAGACUUAUAUGAUGAUGUGGAUUUACCUGAAUCUGUGGAAGAUAAAGCUAAUGAGGAACAAAGCUUUGGGGAAGAUCAAGCAAGAGUUUAUUUGGACCUUACUCCUGUAAAGUCAUUCCUCCACUCAAAUAACAUCAAUGCACCCUCCAAUGUGCAACAAAAUGCAUCAAACCAGGACAAUGAAAAGGGUGCCUCAAAUCUUUCGCAAGUAAACAGCAAGGACACAACUGGUGAUUCUGAUUCUGGAAUCAUUGCAAAGCCAACAGAGAGUAGUACUAAGAUCUCUCAAGUGAAAGCAGAUUUUGAAGAGAAAGCCACAAAUGCUGGUAGCAAGCCCCCCAGCAGUCAGAAGGUAGUGGCACCCCGGGGCGAACAGAGCAAGAACAUCUCACAAGCAACGAGUCAACAAGCAAAGCCUGUCACCGAGUGUGUUGAAAAGCAGAAGCUGGGCACAACAGUAUCAAUUGAAACAAAAUUUGGAAAGAAUCGAACUGAGGCAGAUCUUAAAAAAUACCUUGAAGAGAAAGAAAACCUGGAGAAGGAGAAAGAGCAGCUUCGGAAUGAACUGAUGUUGCUAAGGAAACAGAAGAGGGAGCUGAAGGAUGUAAUAGCGGUUUGCAAAGAUAAGCAGGUGCUUUGCAGUCAGGAGGAAAGACUACGCCAGAUUGAAGAGGAAUGCAAAUCAAAGGAGAACAGGAGGGUGGACCUGGAACUGAAACUGGUAUCAGUGAAGGAAAGCUUGAAGAAAGCAGAGUCAGGACCAGUGACGUUGGGAACCACUGUGGACACCAGUCAUUUUGACAAUCUAACCUCAAAUGCUAAGCUGACCACUGUGACUAAUAGUGCUGACAACUCACCCGUGAACUCUGCUGCAUCAUUAAAGAACAGACCUUUAUCAAUUAUGCAAUCUGGAAAAGGGACUGUCCUACAAAAAGCAAAGGAGUGGGAAAAGAAAGCUACCAGCUAGAAAAUAAUUUGAAGUCAAAUGGACUAUGAUAACAAAAAACUAGCCUUCGGAACAGAGAGCUACUUUUCGUCCAUCUAUUCAUGGAAGGUGUUUGUAGAAAGCCACUAUUACUUGGCACAAUUCUUCAUAAAAGAAAACUUCUACUGCCUCAAUCAUCAACAGGAACUCACAUACUAAUAUCAUGGACCCUUAAUACAAAGCAUUUUCAAGGUUCUUAAUUUCACCUCUGAAAGUUGUAUGCUUAAGAAAACUGAGGGCAACUUCCAACAGAGCUUACUGAUUAAUUGUCUUAAGUCAUUCCAUGCAGCAGAUAUCCAAUGGAUUUUUUUUCUUUUUGGUGCUUACAGGUUGUACGACAUAAGGAAUAUUUCUCUUGCAAGUUAAAAUAUCCUGUUUAUUAAGAUAUUAUUACAUAUAGAUGCCAUGAAAAAGUGACUGUUGAGUAACAUGAAAGAUGCUGACGAGAGCAUCCCUCGUUAUUUCUGAAUAUUAUUGGAUACUUUGGUGUGAUGGUUAUGCCAUUUGAUCAAAAAGCCUGGACUGGUUGGUUGGGCAAAUGAGCUCAAAUCUUCCCAGGAAGGGCUGAGAAAUUAAUUCAGAUAAUUAAUCAGUUGUAGUGGUGAUGAAACAGGUUGAUUGUUUCAUAAGAGGGAGCUGGUCCAUUGAUUUUAUUUAGGAAAGGAAAUAUGUCAACAUUAUCUUGCUUGUGGUAACUCUGCAACUACACGGCAACACUAACCUGCUUCAGGGAAUGGCCUAAGUUGAGGACAGUUAGGUUCUAUGUAAUGAAAUCUGAUCUUGCUGUUGUCUUUCAUAUCCAUUAAAUUAAAGAAAUUGAGAAUAAGUCAGAGUUCAGAUACCAAACUGGUGUUUCGGUUCCAAUCUUGUUUGGUUUUCCAAGCUGUCUGCAUUUUCUGAAAGCUGGCAGGUGUGGAGUACAUUGUAGUGUGUACUCUUAUUAAGUGGCUGACAACAAGCGUAACAUAGAAGUCAAUGGUAGAGAAGUUAUCAUUUUUAUUGAUCAAAUGGAGCAUUUUUUGGAGGCUUCUGGCAUAUACAAUGAGUGGGACUGACAAAAGUUUUCUUUAACAAGAAACUUUCACUCAGGCCAGCCAAGAUUAAUAAAAAUAGCGUUUUAAUUAAAGAAAAAGAGCUUCCAUUUCCUGCCAUCUUAAUACUCCUCAGACAACUAGAUCUCCAGCAAAAAUAUCUCUCGUCAACUCCAUUUAUAAUCAGUCAUUCCUGGCAUACAGUCCUGACAUUCUUGAUGGCAUGGCACCUUUUAAAACAAUUUUGGGUUUUUUUCUGUCUUUUGCAUCAUUGUAAAUACAUUUACUUACCUGUGAACAGUUACAAGCACAUGGUUGUCAUAGCAACGAUGGAAAUAUGAAGGGAGAAGUACUUAUGUCAGAUUUCUUGAAAUAAAUAUUUCCCCAUAAUGUAACUCUGCAGUUGGUGCAUUUAUUCUAGCAGGUUCUGAACACAGUUUAAACUCGAUGAAGUGCACUUCUCACUCAAAUAAAUGACAUGUUAUUAUUACUUACAAUCCUGGUAAGCGAUUUUAUGUACAC